CUGAAAGACGCAUGCGUACAAAACAAGGACUGCCUGAAGAGGUGCGUUUCCUUUUCAAAGGCCUGUGUGUUAAAGACAGCUGUAUAUCCUGGGUGUGCGUAACGCUUAAAAACUGCUCGCUUCAGCGGCUCACCUCUAUCUACUUCACUGAUCAGCAAGGCACCGCAACAGUUUUUUAGUUGAAGCGCGUUUUCUUUUCAUGCGCAUUGUUUUAUAUUAAAAACGCAUACAACCGCUGUUGUCUUAACGGUUUAGGGGUUAUAUAUUUGUAUGCACGGACAAGCUGAUCAUCUUUUGUCUUCGUUGAUGUUAGAGGACUUCGAUCAGUUUCAUUGAAUGCAGAACGCUGGUCCAUCUGAACUUAGACAGGAAUUAAAACAUUUAUCUUCUGUCUACACAUUCUGGUGGGUUGGAUCCUUAUGGUGUGCAUGGACUAAGUGGACAAUCCUAAAAACAUCUCAAACUUUUAGACAUUUGGACACCAACGGUUGCAUCUGCAGUACAGAUAGAAUCACACAUCAUACAUUUUUGUUGGCAACACAAUGGAAAAGUACUGUGGAAGCACCAUAUUACAGUGAAGGUGUUUUCACAUGAUUGCAUCAUUCUUUUUUCCUCCAUUAUGGUGUGUCUGUGAGUGUUUUGGGGUGUUUGGCCAAUUCUGGCUGCAGCUGCACGCCGCACACUCAGGUCUGAUGUUACCGAUUGAAUCGGGCCAACUGUGAGAGGACCAUUACCCUCAGCCAUGUCUACCUUUGAGACGACCUGGCCUCCGGGCACUGAGUGUGUGGCCAGGUACAACUUCCCUGGAUCGACAGACCAGGACUUGCCGUUGUGCAAAGGAGAUGUCCUAACAAUUAUUGGAGUAACCAAGGACCCAAACUGGUACAAAGCGAAAAACGCAGUAGGGCGAGAGGGUACCAUACCAGCAAACUAUGUUCAGAAACGAGAAGGUGUGAAGUCAUGUGGUAAACUGAGUCUUAUGCCAUGGUUCCAUGGAAAGAUCACACGUGAGCAGGCAGAGCGUCUGCUCUAUCCUCCAGAGACGGGCCUCUUCCUCGUGCGUGAGAGCACCAACUACCCCGGUGACUACACACUGUGUGUCAGCUGUGACGGCAAGGUGGAGCAUUACCGCAUUAUCUACCACAACGGCAAACUGUCCAUCGAUGAAGAGGAGUACUUUGAAAACCUCAUGCAGCUCAUGGAGCAUUACACUAAAGAUGCAGAUGGACUCUGUACCAGACUCAUCAAACCUAAACUUAUGGAGGGGUCCGUGGCGGCCCAGGACGAAUUCUCAAGAAGUGGCUGGGCCCUGAAUAGAAAAGAACUGAAACUUCAACAGAUUAUUGGAAAGGGAGAGUUUGGAGAUGUGAUGGUCGGAGAUUACAGAGGCAGGAAAGUAGCAGUGAAGUGUAUCAAACAUGACGCCACAGCGCAGGCCUUUGUUGCGGAGGCUUCUGUCAUGACGCAAUUACGGCAUAAUAACUUGGUACAGAUGUUGGGGGUGAUUGUGGAGGAGAAGGGCAGUCUCUAUAUCGUCACUGAGUUUAUGGCCAAGGGUAGUCUGGUGGACUAUCUGCGCUCAAGAGGACGUACUGUUAUUGGUGAAGAUUGUCUCAUCAAUUUCUCAAUGGAUGUUUGCAAGGCAAUGGAAUAUCUUGAAGCCAAUAACUUUGUGCACAGGGAUCUGGCAGCUCGUAAUGUUCUUGUGUCAGAAGACAAUAUAGCGAAAGUCAGUGACUUUGGCCUCACCAAAGAGGCGUCAUCUACUCAAGACACAGCCAAACUCCCGGUUAAGUGGACUUCACCUGAGGCCUUAAGAGAGAAGAAGUUUUCCACUAAGUCAGAUGUAUGGAGCUAUGGCAUUUUACUGUGGGAGAUCUAUUCCUUUGGUCGGGUACCAUAUCCAAGAAUUCCUCUGAAGGAAGUGGUCCCACGUGUAAAGCAGGGUUAUAAGAUGGAUGCCCCAGACGGCUGCCCGGCCGUGGUGUAUGACAUCAUGAAGCAGUGCUGGACUCUGGACCCAGUGGUGCGGCCCAGCUUCAAAGAACUGAGAGAGAAACUGCAAAAUAUCAUAACCAAUGAGCUGUUCCGAUAGAAGACGGAGGAAGGCUAAGACUAACAGAAAAACACACCUGCCUCCUUGGGACCAUUCUCAUACAAUCUGACCAAAAUGUACUCUUAAAGCACUGGACUUGGAAAAACAUGAGCAGAAAUUUCUAUAGCAGUGUAUUCUUUAUUUUAUUUAUUUUUUUGCUUUGUUUUCAUGCCUUGAUUUUCUUAAUAGUUUUUGGGGAGGCUGGCCUUCUCUACAAUAUCACAACAUCACAGAUCUUCAGCCUCUCCUGAUAUCUCCUCAUACACUUUCUCAUUAUAGCGCAUUUCUCAUUUGACGUUCACAAAGCUGGUUUGGCUGUGAAAUCUCUCUGUAAAAUACCCACAAACUUAUGAUAAGGUCCAAGUCCAUAUGGUCAUCCCAAACUUUUGGUUUGUUUUCAGUUACAGUUGCCAAUGGCAGCAAAUGUUGCAAGGCAGAGCGGAGACGUUACUGGUCACCAGUGGAACCUACUGUGGAUUAAAGUCUUUAAAGAAUAGUUCACCCAAAAAGAAAAAUUCUCUCAUCAUUUACUUUCUUCUUCUAUAUACAAACAGAUUUUUAGACGAACAUCUCAUAUCUGUAGAUCCCUGUAAUGCGAGUAAAUGGGGUCCAAAUCUUUGUAGAUCAAAAAACCACAUAAAGGCAGCAUAAAAGUAAUCCAUUUGAGUCCUGUAAUCCAGUCAGGUUUGGGUGAGAGCUGACCAAAAUGUAACUCCUUUUCACUAUAAAUCUUUACAUCAGCUGUCUCCUUAGCUAUCAUGAUUUCAAGCUCAAUUACAUUUCUUAGUGCCAUCAACAAGCAUCUGCGCAUGCGUCAAGCACUAGGAAGUGUAAUUGAGCUUGAAGUCAUGAUCGUGCCUAGAGACUGCACUGGCAAAAUGUACAGUGAAAAGGGAGUUAUAUUUUGGAUUGCUUUUAUGCUGCCUUUAUGUACUUUUUGGAGCUUAAAAGUUUUGGUACCCAUUCACUUGCAUUUUAUGGACCUACAGCGCUGAGAUAUUCUUAUAAAAAGCUUUGUUUGUGUUCAGCAGAAGAAAGUCAUACACAUCUGGGAUGGCACGAGGGUGAGUAAAUAAUGAGAGAAUUUUCAUUUUUUUGCUGAACUAUUCCUUUAAGUUAUGUUUAAGGCAUCAAAUGUUAAUACCUUAAUGAUUUUGUAGUUCCACCACAAGUGUGAUUUGUCUAAAGAUCUUAAUCCACAUCUAGAAGUUUCUGUGGACAGUUAUUAGUAGGGUCCAAGUAAGUGUGUAUAGCAACAGUUAAGGUGUAACUAAAUGGAGAGAAAAAAGGAAGCAGAAAAGAGAUUUUCGUCUUCAGCGUCACAGUGCCUUUACGCCACGGGAGUUUGUUUUGCCUCAAAGCUUGUGUUUUAAUAUUUUAAUACAUUGUUUAAAAAGCUCUCGGAUUUCCUGCUUAUCUUGCCAAAUAGAUUUCUCAGUCUGACAUUGUCCCAACCAGACAUCGAUAUAGCAAUGAGCGAUAAAAACAACCUCUUCCAUGUAAAUCUGUGUUUUUGUCCUAGCCUGCGGCAGCCGGAACAAGCUAUUUGGUAUUUUGUUGGUUGCUUGGUUUCUAUUUCUGUGACAUCGCACUGGCUAGCUCCACCCACAGUGAAAUCUCAUUGGUCCAAAAUCAUGCAACGCAUCUCUGUAUAUUGAACAUCAAAUAUGUUCUGAUUGGCUUUGAAUGUGUCACGUCAUGCAGCAUUUUCACUUUUAAGUGUGGACAAACAAAUUGCUUGUGUUGUGUUUGGUUAGAACACUGUGUGACCCUCAAAACUGGAAAAGAUGAAUAUAAACAUUCUAGGCCAUGAGUUGCCUUUAGGCUUGGGUGAAAGUGAGAACCCAUUGGUUUAAAAUUAAAAAAAAAAAUGAAAAAAAGCCUGAAAGAAAAGUAUACAGGCCAAAAAUACAGAUUUGAAAAAAUAUUUGUUAUAUAUUACACUGCAAAUUUUGUUUUUAUUAUUUUUAUUUUCUUUUAGGAGAAAUGUGUAUGCUGUGUUAUGAGCCUUGAUUGUACUAGCAGUGCUUUUGAUUUUUUUUUUCUUUGCUGCCAUAUUUCAGAUAAAAUAAUUCCACCUGAACAGUUUGAUAAAAACAAAAGAUAAAAAUAAAAAAGGUGAUCAAAAAGACAUUCUUUGAAUGUUUAUGUACCCUUAAAUGUGAUCACGCUGUCUUUCAUUUGAAUUGUGCCCUAAAAGUCACUCAAGGAGCUCUGAACAUGCCCAGAGAGGAAACGCAUCAUCUGUACAAGCGUUAGCUCGAUUAGCAGUGACCCAAACAAUCAUGACACAUGACAGAUUUUCACCAUAAGGUUUUGACGCAUCUGUGGUAAUAAUUAUACUAAUCCCCUACAGAUGUGCUGUGUAUGCAACAUGUACACCAUCAGAAUUAAAGAAUUAUUUUCUGGUCUGUG